UCGCCCUGAAAAUGGUUGAAGGAGUUUGAACGGAGUACUGCUGACGUUAUCUAAACAAGACCCAAGAAGCCAAGUUAGCAGCUAGCAGCUAACCUGCAUGUCUGUCAGGCGUCAACAAGCUGCAGCAGCCUCGGAGGAUGCAAGUUGUUCAGGGCAACUUCUUCUACCACUCAAAUUCGAGGUUGGGAGGCCUCGAAGAUGAGAGACAACUUUUGGUUGAAGAGCAGAAGUUAUGCAGAUCCAGAUCUCGCAAGUUCUCCACAGAAACCAACCGACGAAGGAAGGCUCUGGAGGAGAGACGGAAGCAGCGGGACGCGCAGGAGCAACGGCUGAUCGAGAACAUCCUGAAGCAACGCAGACAGCGAGUGCAGGACGCAACUGAGCGCUUCCAAAGAGCCCAUUUACCUCCCUCACAGAGACGCAGACAAUCUUUCAGAAGAAAUAUCCCGAAUAUUGAAGAUGCACUCAAUGAAAUCCAAGGCGCGUUGAGUUCACACACCCGGCAGUCCUCUUUCCUGUCCAGCAACUCUAACAUUAGCAGAAGCGGCUCUCCCUCCCCGAAGCCCCCCACAGUGUUUAAAUCCUCCCACCGCAAAGCCCUCUCUGCUGUGGAGGCCUACACUAAACUGCUUCAGGAGCAGAGCAUUACUUGCUUCAAGAACAGCCCACAAUCUGAGAAGUCACCAGAGAAGCAGCAAGAUCUCAGUCCUCAGGACAGCCAACUCUCUGAUAGCUGUAAUUCUGACAGCAUUUCCAGUAAGGACAGUUUGGAGAAUGAAGACCCCAACCACAGCACAAAAUAUUCCUAUCCGUCAUUCUUCCUUGAAUCAGAGAAGCCCCAUCCAGACCAAAACAAACAAAAUGAUUUGUUACCAAAUUCUGACCCAACGUCAUUCUCAACCACGAUGCAUCUUGGUGAUUACCUACAAUCAAAAGAUCUUCAUCAAUAUCAGCAAAAACAAGAUGAUGACUCUGGAGGGCCUGAUAAUAAGAUGCACUUUUCUAGAACUUCAUGGGGGUUCACAUCUGAUGAGCGAACAUCAAAAACGGAGUCUGCUCGGCACAACUCUAACUUAUUAACUCUUUGUGAAAUGAUUAGUGCCGACCCAGAGCACUUUAAGGGAGACUCCUCUCAAAACAGUCCCAGUGACAACAUCAUCCUCACAAAGAGAGAUGCUCCUGGCAACACGGCACUUGAUACUUCCUGUCCUAAACAAGAGGCCCUGUUGGAUCUCAGGCAGAAGGAAGUCCAUGAUGACAGACACUUCAAACAUCCAUCAGCUACAGAAAUGAUUGUGCCUGCUAAAAGUGGCAACAGCAAAGACUCUUUGUUUGGGGCUCUCCCAAAGCCCAAUAUGUACUUAAACGAUAGCACAACAGAUAAUGCCUCGCAAGAAGAGAUACUUCAGCAAACAGGAAAAGAACGCCAAAAUCAUUCUUCCCAGAAACCGUCUAGUGCUUCCAUAAACAACCUCAAUAAGGUUUUAAACCAAGAGCCCAAAACUCAGAAGCUCAUGAAUGCAGCAUCGCUGCAACACGCAUGCUUGUCCAACAUUCAAUCAGACAUGAAGUGCCUUAAAUGUCCUGAAGUGGAAACACACAAAUGGCCUGUUUCAGAGAGGACAUCUCGCUCAGUAUGUGAAGUCAGAUUCAUUAAAGGAAUCCUUAAAAAGCAGUCUAAGUAUAUGUCAGGAGAUCCAGCGUGUGCAUUAGGCUCCGGUCAUUUGAUGUUUACAAAACAAGUAGCUUUAGCGAUCAGAGAUAGUGUUGAAUUGACCAGGUCAAAAACGAAAGAUGAAGAGGGCAACAACGGUGUCAAAAAGAAGCUUCGUUGGUUUGAUGAGGUGCAUGUGGACACACAGGACAAAGAGGGGCACAUAAUGAAACAGAUGAAAGGCAAAUCAAAUCUUCGUCCGUCAUAUAACAACUCCGAGGACCACCAGCUAAGCCUCAGCUCAGUCUCAGGGGCUUCCAAGCCUGGACCCGGGAUGACCCCUGCAGCCUCCACUAGUUAUCACUUUACAAAACAAGCAUGGGCAGAUGUUGGGGUUCAAGUCAGCUUGGCCCAGGAACGAGCGGAGGAGGUCAAGGCGCCGCGGAGCAGCACCAGGACCGGUGGCCCCAAGGUCCCUCGGAGAGAGCGCUCCUCCAGGGCCGGAGCGGGUCCUGUUUCCUCUCGAGCCAGAAAGGGCACCGUCAUACGACCUCAAUCUGCCACCGAGGUGAGUCAGAUUGCCAAAACCCAAGGGAAGAUCAUGAUGCCCCGCCCACCUCCUAGGAUGGAAUCCGUGGAAGAAAAGUCGUUGUGCCUCGCUAAGACUCCAUAUGGCAUGGAUCAGGCUGGUGUCAACUGUAAACAAGCUGUAGAGCAGGCCCAGGACAACUCGGAAGGCUUUCUCUCCCCUCACACACAUAGUGUUAUUAGAGCAGAAAGCACUGUUGCGUACACACCGAUGCCCCCCUCGUAUACCUACCCCGUCUCAAAGGGCAACACGAAGGGCCCGAUGAACUCGGCUCCCCAGGAGGCGCAGGGCUGCAGCAGGAGAAGAGGGAUGGUGUACAAUGAGAAAGGCCUGUGUUUAGAUUGCACUCCUACAGAGGAGGAGAUCUCACAGCUCUGGCACGGCGUCCGCACGGCCUUAGCCACCAAGGAAGAAAAAAACAAGCUCCGAAAACAGGCGUUGGACAGUGGGCGAGCUGUGAGGAAGCCCUGCGUGGAGCCGAGCAGAGCGCCUCCUGGCUCAGGGAACAGAAGGCUUCCUCAGCCAACAAAGGGGACCACAGAGCCUCUCAGACCAUUUUCCUUUACUAAUAACCUGGGCUUUGCAGAAGAAGGUUUGUUGAGUGCAGCCCAGUUACACCUGGCACAUGCUGGACAACUUCUGGCAGAAACAGAUCUCGUGGCUGCCAUGGAAACAGCCCAAACACAGAGGCCUGGCACAGUGCAGCAGCGCAGCCAACAGCAGGGACCAAACAACAUUUCUCUGGAGGAGCAGAAAAUCCUCCUCUCUCUGGACAGACUCAACCACCAGCUGCACUGUGUGCGGGAGCAAAUUGGUGGUAAUGCUGACACGCGUGGCCUCGUACUUCUUGAUGCUCCCCCUACGAGGGAAGGGAAACUCACAACCCAUCACAAGAAUCGCUCAUCCUCAGCAAACAACCGCUCUCGAAACCAGAAGAAACUCUGACUGACAGCAUGCGUGAUCCACGGUGGUCUACCCUCCCUUCUGUGCAUUAUAUACAUGCCCUGUCAUACUGCACAACCAGACUUUAUUACUCUGUUUAAAACUCAAUAUAUGUAUAACUGCUUGAGUAUUCUGGAUCUAGGGAAUGCAAAGGACCGUAUCAGAGAAACUAGACUAAACUAUUAAGUUAGAGAGAUGCAUUUAGAUUUGAAUUUUUCCAUCUUCCUUCGACAAAAACUUGUGGAUAAAACAUAUAUAUUUAUUAAGCAGCAUACUAUAAGCAAUGAAUUCUAUGUGCCUUUGAAAAUUAUUGUAGCUUCCAAUUUGUGUUCUUUACUAAUCAAAAGAAAUCCCUUCAUAUAAUUGGCACAUGGCCAAAAUUGACCUCAAAAUAGACCUUGUACAAGAUUAGAUUUUAUUUUCAAACUAUCUCAUUCUGUAUUUAUUGUAUAUAGUAAAACUGUAACUUUCUGU